AGUGACAGUUGACCAGAGAGGAAGCCGGCGGCCAUAUUGGAGACGACAGUGGUGCAGUAGACAGCGAUGCAGAAGAGAGCCAGAGAAGUAGACAGCGACAAGUCAAUUAAUUACAACAUCUGCAGAGAUAAAGAUGAACAUCAUGCCCAGUUUUGUCUGGAAGAGGAGGAUUUCCUCUGACUCCUCCGAUAAUGAGAAAGUUUCCAUCAAGAGAAAGAGAGUAGCUAGAAAGUUGUCAUCCAGCUCUGAUGAGAGUACCAGCAAUGGUAGCAUGAAAGGAGCUGCAGAAAGAGAGAGAACCAGCAGUGCUUCAUCCCCCUGCCUCAGAGAUGCAGUCUCUAGCACCAUCCAGAGACUGACGUUUUACCAUCACUUAGGCCAAGGUGCUUUUGGGAAGGUCCUGCUUGCAGCAGACUCGCGCACCAGUCAGUUGUUGGCGGUAAAGAUAAUGAGCAAGAAACAACUGCUAGACAUAGAUCCUGAAAUGGCCUUUGUGGAGAGGAAAGUGUUAGAACUUGCAUCUGGGUGCCCUUUCCUCAUUCACGGCCACUUCGCUGACCAGACCAAGGAACUCGUACUCCUUGUUAUGGAAUAUGCGAGUGGCGGUGAUUUAGAACAUCUCCUAAAGAGGAAUGGGCCUGUUACCAUCUCCAGUGCAAGAUUCUACUGUGCAGAGCUUGUAUGUGGGGUUCAAUUCCUGCAUUCCAAGGGCAUCGUCCAUGGCGACCUCAAGCCAGAUAACAUCUUAGUGGCUGCAACAGGCCACCUCAAGAUCGCCGACUUCGGUCUCGCAAGUAACAUCAUGCAUGGAGACCAGAGUGCCACCGGCUGUGCUGGAAGAUGUGGCGACAUUACUCCUGAGGUGCGUUCAGGCGAGGAGAGCCGUUUUGGUGAAGACUGGGCUGGCGUCGCUGUCAUCUUAAGCCAAAUGGUUAAUGGAACAUCUUAUGCACCAGGCACCGAAGUGAGAGACAUCAUUGACGAGCUCUUCAAUUACAAUCCAGCCAAACACCCAGGAGAUAAUGAUAACAUCCGCCACCAUCGUUUCUUCCAGCAUAUCGACUGGGUCGCCUUGGAGGCCCUUGAGAUUGAGCCCCCAUACAUCCCUGCACCACCGACCUUUCCACCCUCUGCCUCCAGACGUAACCAUCUAGCAAUAAUGGAGGCAGAAGAGGCCCUUUAUCCGCCAAUAACAGCUGCUGAGCAGGACCGGUUUGCAGGGUUCUCAUUUGCCACCUCCACCUGGAGAACCCCCCCAAAGGCACCGGCCUAAGAACAUCUGGCUGAGGCAGCAGCACUGCUGGAUGCAGGAGUUGGAGAUUCUGCAGAACAUCUGUGAUAAGAAGAUGGAUUACAACUUGGAAGAUUGCUUAUUAUUUUCUUAUUUGUUAUGUUUUUAAAUUUUAAUUUUUUUAAAAUUUUAAUAUUAACAUUUUUUAAAUUUACAUUUUUAAAUUUAGU